GUCGCAAAGAGAAAACAGUUCCCCGCCCGAGACCCAAGUCUAUAAUAAUAAUAAGUCAACGUGUCCGAGGUCGAGUCAAUAUUUGGAUAGUGCGCUCAUUAGUUGGACAGUAAAACCACAUAAUUCGGACAGCAGUAAAAGUCCUUUCGUACAAUGAAGCAAUUGGUGUUUUGGCUAGUGCUCCUGAUUUCUCAACUUGAUAUCCAGGCACAAACUCCGCUAAGCUAUGAGCAAGCUCGUCAGGCGGUUCUCACGGCGGAGGAGGAGUUGAUGACUGGUGGACACACAUAUCUGAACACCCAGGAGGCCAAGGUGGACGACAUAUUUAUGGAGUAUAAGCUCGGAGAACUGGCCCAGGGAUUCCGAAAUGCGGAGCAGAAUGCGGCAGCCCUACACUUUUUCAAGGCUAAGCCGCUGAUUGAUCGAAGUGGAGUCUUCCGGUUCCUUCAGAAAAUGCCAAAAGGAUCGGAUCUUCAUUUGCACAACAGCGCCGCAGUGAGUUCCAAGUGGGUGGUGGAUGACCUGUCCUACAUGCCCGGAUUGCUGCGCUGCACCACGGCCACGGGCCGGAGUGUCCUGACAUUCCGGCGGACCCCGAAGGAGCACAGUUGCCAGUCGCAGUACGUUCGUGUUUCCGAUGAGCGGCGCAACUCCUUGGAUCGUCAGGUCUACGAUCAGAAUUUCGAACGUUUGAUCAAUUUAUAUACUCCAGUGCCAGAGCUGGAGUACCCAACAAUAACCCAAGUUUGGGAUCGGUUCCAGGACAUGUUUGAUGUUCUUGGCGAUGCCAUAACAUAUUUGCCAGCCUUUCGUUCAUAUCACUGGCAAAUGCUCGAGGAGCUUUACAACGACAAUAUUAUGUAUGCCGAGAUUCGCACAAGUUGUAAAACGCUUUAUGACGCCAGUGGACGCACUUUUCCACGAGAGCGCACUAUACGCGAGUUGUACGACCUAAAUGAGAAGUUUGUGAAGUUGCACGCCGACUUUCUGGGAUUCAAAGUCAUCAUUGCCGUCUAUCGUGGUUAUGAAAUGGAUAAGCUUAAGGAAAACGUUGAGGAGUUUAGACAGUUGCACCAAGCUUUGCCCCACUUCGUUGUUGGAUUUGAUUUGGUAGGUCAGGAGGACAAGGGAAAGCCUCUUUAUAGUUUGCUGCCUGCCCUGAGGAAUUUGCCGCCAACAGCUCGCCUUUUCCUGCAUGGUGGAGAGACCAAUUGGUUUGGUGCCUCCACGGACAUCAAUCUGCUGGAUGCCUUGUUGCUAAACACCACUCGCAUUGGCCAUGGUUACGCUCUGGCCAAGCAUCCGAUCCUCCUGAAUGCCGUCAAGACCCGCCAGAUCGCCGUGGAGGUGAGUCCCAUAUCGAAUCAGGUGCUGCAUCUGGUUUGGGACCUGCGCAAUCAUCCGGGAGCCCAGUACAUGGCUCUUGAUGUGCCCGUAGUGAUAUGCAACGAUGAUCCCGGGUUCUGGAAUGCCAAGGGUCUGAGCUACGACUUUUACUAUGCCAUCAUGAGUCUGGCGCCCAACAAUGGGGGCUUAAGAGUGCUCAAGAGUCUGGUGUGGAACUCGGUGCGAUACUCCACGAUGACGGAGGAAGAGCAGACGCGGGCGUUCCAAAUCCUGGAGCACAGCUGGUCGCGUUUCAUAGAAAAGGUGCUGCAAGGCAGUGUGUUUUAA